AGUUCCAAGUGGAGCGCUAAAUGUGGCCUUCGUACGCGAUAAGACGUACUCGAUGACCGACGGACUGUCACGAGUCUGGAUUGUCGUUGGACUGGACCCGACUGCCUGUGCGCUCAGAGACCUGACGGGAGCUGAAGCUGGAUGCUGCGGGAGAACUCUUCGCCAAUCACCCGAGGAUUGAAGCUCUGAGAGGGCCGUUGAAGGGACACGCUGGUAAAUAAGCACAGAGGUGCCCACCAUGGAGGAAGAAAAUGCCUCGUCUACUCCCGAUCUGGUUUUCAAGAUACAACAAGUCGGGAAGGUGGAGACUAAAGAAGAAGAGACUGUCCAAGAGACAGUGACCGCCUUCACGUCUAACCGGGACACGAACGGACGGUCGGGUUUGUCCGAACGUGCGCACCCUGACGAGAACGUGCCAACUGAAGACGAAAGGGAAGAAGAAGAAGAAGAGGCUGGAGAAGAAGCGGUUCGAGUGAAAGAGAAGGGAGAUGACAAGCAAGGAGGAGCCAAGGAGCCACAGGCCUCAAGUGGCGUCCGCCCGGUUCUUCCUGACCCAGCGUUCAACAGGAGAUGCAGCCUGCUGGCUAGUGAGGUGAAGUACAAAGAGGACUUUGAGAAGAUGAAAGGUCAGAGUCUUUACCUCCCUGCGGCAGAACUCAUUCACGCCAAGAACAUCAGCGCCAUCGUUUCCGAGUCCAAAUACAAGCAGGAAGGCCGUAAGGAGGCGUCGUUGUCCCUUUACUCGCUGCUUCCGGACACGCCGCAGAUACAACGAGCCAGGGAAGUGAGCCAGCUGCAGAGCGAGGUUAAAUACAAAGAAAACAUGAAGACGUCCUCCUCACUGUACUCGCUCAUGCCGGAGACCAACGACACUCACUUUGUCAAAGAACUCGGCGACAUACUCAGCCAGAACAAGUACAAGGAGGAGGGGAAGAAGGAACUGAGCAGCACUUUGUACUCGCUGCUUCCCGAGACCAACGAGAUGCAUCUGGCCAAAAGCGUCCACGAGUUUCAGAGUGAGAAAAACUACACUCAAGACGGCAAGAGGAAAGCCUCCAUCUCUCUCUACUCCCAACUGGCCGACACUCCCGAGAUCCAACAUGCGCUGGAGAUGUCCCACCUGCACAGCGACGUGAAUUAUCGACCAAAGGUGCUGGUGAAAGGAGCUCCGUCUUCUCUCUACUCUCAGCUCACCGACACCAAGGAGAUCCAGUUUGCCAGGGAAAUGACCGAGCUGCACAGCCAGCUCAAGUACCAGGAGGACAGCAGGAAGAACCUGAGUCAUACGGCGUACUCUCAGCUGCCUCGCACCAUGCAGACGGAGUUUGCAAAGAAUGUCGCCGAGUUGCAGAGUGAGCGCCGCUAUAAAGAAGUGGGCCAGAAGGGCGGCGACUCGUCCUUAUACUCGCUUCUCCCGGAGACUCUCGAGACGCUCCACGCCAAGGAUGCCUCCGAGCUCGCCAGCGAGGUAAAGUACAAAGAGGACGGCAGGAAGGAAAUGAGCGUCAACUUGUACUCGCUGAUGCCCGAAACCAUCCACACGCAACACGCCAAAGAACUCUCGGACCUUCAGAGUCAGGUCAAGUACAAAGAAGGCGUUCAGCACAAGAACCAGAACACUUUGUACCAUCACAUGGCUGAAACUACCGAGACCGCACUAGCCAAAGAAGUCUCGCAGCUGCAGAGCCAGGUGAAGUACAAGGAAGACAGCAGGAAGGAGGUGAACAAAUGCCUCUACUCAACUCUGCCCGACACUUUGGACACACAACACGCUCGAGACGCCACGCGGCUGCUCAGCGAGAAAAAGUACAAAGAGGACGGGAAGAAGGCGACGUCCCACAGCCUUUUCUCCACCCUGAGCGACACGUCAGAAAUGAAGCUGGCUAAAGAGACGACGGACAUCCUGAGCGAGAGGAAGUACAAGGAGAGCGGCAGGAAGAGGCUCUCUCAGAGUCUCUACUCCCGACUGGCCGACACGGCGGAGACGCAAUUUGCUAAAAGCCUUUGCGACCUGCACAGUGAGGUGAAAUACAAGCAGGGACAGAAGGACGCGUCCAAGUCACUUUACUCCACCCUGCCCGCCACACUGGAGACGCUGCACGCCAAAGAGGCCUCUGCCCUACAGAGUCAGCGCAAAUACGCGGAGGCUCAGAAGAAAGAUCUUAAAUCCACUUUGUUCCACUUGCUGCCCGAAACGCUUCACACGGCGCACGCCAAAGACGUCUCGGAGCUUCUGAGUCAGGUGAAGUACAAAGAGGACGGCAGGAAGGAGAUGAGCGUCAACUUGUACUCGCUGAUGCCUGAAACCAUCCACACGCAACACGCCAAAGAGAUCUCGGACCUGCAGAGUCAGGUCAAGUACAAAGCGGGUGUGCGGCAGCAGAUGCAGAGCAGUUUGUAUCAUCAGCUCCCGGAAACUCCAGAGACUCAGCUGGCUAAGCACAUGUCCCAGCUGCAGAAGCAAGUACAAGUCGGCAGGUGAGCAGGAGCUUCACAGCUCUCUGUACGCCGCCCUGCCCGUCACCAUGGAGACACAGCAUGCUCGAGACGCCGCGGAGCUGCUCAGCGAGGUCAAGUACAAGGAGAGCGGCAAGAAGGAGAUGGCCACCUGCCUCUACGCCACCUUACCCGACACCUCCCAAACCAUCUUCAGCAGAGACAUGACGGACAUGCAGAGCGAG